AUGUCUCUUUAUAGUAAAUUGGAGGUGCCACAGACGAUGACAACUUCAUCUGGACGACCAAUAAGUGAUAAAAAUAACAUUUUGACUGCGGGAGCUAGAGGACCGAUGCUGAUGGAAGAUGUCAUUUACUACGAUGAGAUUGCGCAUUUUGAUCGUGAGCGUAUACCGGAAAGAGUCGUACAUGCAAAGGGAGCUGGGGCUCACGGGUAUUUUGAAGUAACGAAUGACAUAACAAAGUAUUGCAAAGCAAAUAUUUUUUGCGAAGUCGGCAAAAAAACCCCUUUGUUUAUUCGGUUCUCUACAGUCGCAUCUGAAAAAGGAGGAGCAGAUACUGUGCGGGACCCACGUGGUUUUGCCAUUAAAUUCUACACUGACGAAGGAAACUGGGACCUUGUGGGGAACAACACACCCGUGUUUUUUGUCAGAGAUCCUUUGAAAUUCCCUAACUUCAUUCACGCAGUUAAGCGUAAUCCCGUCAGCAAUCUCAGAGACACAAAUGCGUUCUUUGAUUUUGUCAGUCUUUGUCCCGAGUCAACGCACCAGAUGAUGAUCCUCUUCAGUGACCGCGGCAUUCCUGAUGGAUUCCGCUUUAUGAACGGAUAUGGUUCACAUACCUUCAAGUUGGUCAACGAGGAGUGCCAAACAGUAUUUUGCAAAUUUCAUAUAAAGACAAAGAACGUCAAGAAUCUGACACCGGAAAAAGCAACAAUGCUGGCUGGUUCCGAUCCUGACUACGCAGUACGCGACCUUUUCAAUGCUAUUGCCAAAGGCGAGUACCCGACGUGGACAAUGUACAUACAGGUCAUGACUAACGAACAAGCAGCAGCAAGUCCGUUCAACCCGUUUGACAUCACAAAGGUAUGGCCGCACAAAGAGUAUCCUCUUAUCGAAGUCGGAAAAAUCACGCUUGACCGUAACCCACGGAACUAUUUUGCUGAAGUUGAGCAGGUUGCAUUCGCUCCUGCACGCAUUGUGCCUGGCAUAGAGUUUUCUCCGGACAAAAUGUUGCAAGGGCGACUGAUUGCAUAUCCGGACACCCAGUUCCAUCGGCUUGGACCGAACUAUAUGCAAAUUCCUAUCAACUGCCCAUAUAAAACUCAUGUGGCUAAUACUCAGAUUGACGGAAAUAUGGUAUACAUUUCAUCUGAAAACAGGCCACCAUACCACCCAAAUACGUGCAACGGCCCAGUAGAACGGAAGGACGCGGCUGAAUCCAGUUACUUUGUGAGCGGAAGUGUGUCGCGGUAUGAUAGUUCUGAUGACGAUAACUUCUCCCAGCCACGCGUUUUCUGGAUGAAGGUACUAGAUGAUGGAGCACGAGAGAGGCUGGUGAAAAAUUUGGCUGUAGCGUUGAACGAAUGUGAAGAAAUGGUGGCAGAAAGAGCGAUUACAGUGUUUGGACAAGUCCACGACGAUUUUGGAAGCAUGCUUCGUGCUGAAUUAGCCAACAUUAAGAAGGUUUAUAAGCGCUUUAGACUUAUUUAUUUAAAUUCUUCCGAUAAAUCAAAGAAUGUCGCGCCUUCGUAA